AACAAAUCUAAUUCGACAUUUGCGAAUUCGGAACAAUUCUUAAACAAACCAAACACAUUUCAUUCCAGAACCAGCAAUCUUUCGGCAAACAUUGGGUGCGACCGCUGCAAUCGUGCAAAUAAAAUACAAUUCUAUCUUUAUAGCAAGAGUAAUGAAGUUAAUGAAGUGUAAGCAAACAUUUAUUUCUCUUAAUAUAAAAGGAAAGAAAUGUGCCUAGAAAUUAUCAGUACAAAAAAAGUCAUUGGUUUGUAUCGAAAACUGUGAUUGAUAAAAUGGUUUACUAAAUGACAAUGACUAACACACCAAACGGAAAUGCCGAGAAUGAUGUUGGCAAACUACCUGAGUGGUUGGAAGCAGUAACUUUUGAAAAUGCCGCACGCACGCAUAUUGGUGAAGAUUUUGGCAAAAUUGUCAACGCUCGAUUUGAGAGUGACCCGAGUAGUAAAGCCAACUAUUCCUCUUUACUGCUACGUCUCCAUCUGGAUGUAGAGCUUACAGAUGGCAGUAUAAAAACAGUUACCUUCGUCCUUAAAGCACCGCAUAGCAACGAAAUAAUGUCAAAAAUAAUAAACCUGUUAAAACUUUUCCCGAAGGAGGAAAAAAUGUACCACAGUAUUAUACCGAAAUUCGAAACGCUAUACACGCAAGUGGGCAGUGAUAUUAAAUUUGCCCCGAAUGCGUAUCAAUUUGAUCGCGACAUAGGUGUCGAUUAUAUUUUACUGGAAGAUCUACGUCCAAGAGGUUAUAAAAAUGCCAAUCGAAUCAAAGGUUUAGACUUGGAACAUACAAAGCAUGUGCUUCAGAAACUGGCCGAGUUUCAUGCUGCAUCCGCGUGCUACGUGGAACACUUUGGAAUGUUUCCCGAGGAAUUCACUGUUGGAUUUUAUUCGAAGAAUAAUACAGAACUCCUGAAGCAAUUCAACUCGUCUAGUGCAUUUUUAGCGCAAUUGAAAAAGUGGAAGAAUGGUCAAGCGUUUUAUGAAAAGUUGGCUGACAGCGACAGCUACUUGGUGGAUCGUCUGCUGCAGGAUCAGACUUAUAAUCCAAGUGAAUUCAACGUACUCAACCACGGCGAUUGUUGGGUGAAUAACAUUUUAUUUAAGUAUAAUGCGUUCGGCAAAAUUACGGAUACUCGUUUUAUUGACUUUCAAGUGGGCAAAUACGGCUCGCCAGCUAAUGAUCUGUAUUACUUCAUACUAUCCUCCACUGCUGCAGACAUCAAAAUAGCACAUUUUGAUUACUUGGUUCGUUACUAUUUCGAUAACCUGGUUGAGAAUUUAAAACUUCUUCAAUAUCACAGACCUUUACCGAAACUUCGUAAUCUCCAUUCCGUGUUGCUGAAACAUGGUCUAACAGCCUAUUUGGUGGUCUCUAAAAUAUUGCCCGUCGUAAUGCUGGAGAAGAGUGGUGAUGAAACCAACAGAAAUGGAACGCAAGACGAGGAUAAACUUAAAUUUGCCAUGUAUACUAAUCCAAAAUAUGUUGAGUCCGUAUCGGAGAUUUUACCGUGGUUGGAUAAUCGUGGUUUGCUGGACUGGAAGGUCUAGCGACCUUCAAAUGCAACGAUCUUUAGAUAGAUAGUAUCAUAUGCUUCUGAUGUACUCGUAUAAACAUUUACGAUGUACACAUAAAGUUCAUUAAAACAUAAUAUAUUUCUGAUUAAUAAACUUGCAAUUACAUACGCAUAUUUAUGGU